AGCCCAUUUUGGCAGGCAUAGCAAAAGUGAACAGUUUAAACAACACAGCACCAGGCUGAGAUAUAUUAUCACCCUCCAUUUCGCAUAACUUUGGAAAAAAAAAAAAAAAAAUGUCGAGUAAGAAAGUGCAGUCCCCCAAGGAGGAAAGCAUCGCGAAGAUGCUCAUCUGUAAGGUCCACAUCGGAACGAAGAACCUGGAGAACAAAAUGAAGAGGUACGUGUACACCAGGGCGAAGGACGGCGUGCACAUCCUCAAUUUGGCCAAGACGUAUGAGAAGCUGCAGCUGGCCGCCAGAAUCAUAGUGGCCAUUAACAACCCAGCCGACGUAGUCGUCGUCUCAGCCAGGCCAUUCGGAAGCAGAGCCGUUUUGAAGUUCGCCCAAUACACAGGGGCACAGGCAAUCGCAGGAAGGUGGACCCCUGGUAUGUUGACGAACCAAAUUAUUCAAAAAUUUACAGAACCCAGAUUGCUAAUUGUAACGGACCCAAGGACAGAUGCACAACCGGUUAAAGAAUCUGCGUAUGCUAACAUCCCCGUGAUUGCUCUGUGUGAUUCUGAUUCUCCCCUAGAGCAUGUAGACAUUGCCAUCCCUUGUAACAAUAAGGGAAAGGAAUCCAUUGCACUUAUGUACUGGCUGCUGGCACAAGAAGUUUUAUACCUCAAGGGAACUUUGCCAAGAUCGAAGCCUUGGAAGGUCAUGGUUGAUAUGUUCUUGUGGAGAGACCCAGAACAGUUUGAACUGAAAAACUUGGCAAUUGAGGAAACGGCCCCCGCGGCUCCUCACUUGGCUGAGAACCAGUUUGCCACGGAGGCUCCAUAUGAGGAGUGGAAUAAGAAGGAGGAAUGGAAUGACAAUGCGAACGAGGAGUGGAAGAACCCGAUCGCCGCGGAUGAGUGGUAGGAAGAGGGAAAGGGGUGUGACCAGCCACCCAGGGUUCCGCGUGUGAGUAACUAUGUGUAACGAGCGACCCGUCCAGAUAUACUUAUCGCCCACACGUCGGUGCGCUAUAAAGAAGCCGCGCUACGAAGCGGCCGCUUUCCAACCGAGAAUGUACCAAAACGCACAGGUGUGCUUCCCUCGUUCUGCACAUUUUUACGUCAAUGUGCUUUACAUUUUUUUCCCACCCUUUUAUGCCCUUGUGUUUCCCCACGUGUAGCGUGCAUCCAUUUUUUUUUUUUUUUCUUUUAAUUAACCACGUAUAUAAAAAUAAACAAUUUAUAUGUACCAAUGUUGUGGAUAUUUAAACGGUAUAGC